AUGAGUUUUAUUGGAAAUAUUGGUAAAAAAGCUGUUGAAAAAGCCUAUAAUCUUGCAUCAAAAAUUGAAGGCGGUUGUGAUUAUGUAACUUCAGCUACUAAUACAGUCAAUACAUUAGUUAAAGGCACAGAUCCACGUGCUUAUUUAAAACAUGGAAAUGUAAUUCAAUUACUUUCUCGAUCAUCCGGACGUUCAAUACAAAUUGUAGUUUCAAAAACAAAUCAAUUAAUGUGUAAUGCUGUUGGUGGUAUUGGUUUACAUUAUUCAAAUGCUUGUUGGAUUGUUCUUACUACACCAAAUGGUCAUUAUUAUUUUCAUAAUAAUUAUAAUUUUCUUGCUAUUAAAUAUGGUCAACUUGUCAUUAUUCCAUCAUCAAUAAAUACAUAUCCUCCUCUUGAAGCUGAAUUUCGCGUACAAGAUGUUUUAGGUUCCGCUCAUGCUUUUUAUUUAGAAUCUGUACGAACGCCUGGAUAUUUUGUUAGUUUUGAUUGGAAUGGUGAACCUUGUCAACAAAUAAAAAUGGACACAAGAGAAAGAUUUGGUCAACUUGAAAUUCAUCUUAUUACCCAUGGAUCUGGUAUUCAACAUGAAACUGUUCAAACAAGAGUUGAAACAUUGGAUCCAUCAGCACCUCCAUCAUAUUGGGAAGCAACUAAUGAAUCAAAUGAUCAAUCUCGAACGGAACAUAAAUCGAAUUGA